AUGGGCAUAACUGACGAAAUAAGAGAAUCACACUUGCCGACGGCUUCAUUAUUCACCGGAACCGGAAAGAAAAAAUACCCAUCUAAGAAAUUUUCGCACACAAGAGAUAAUGAUAAGGGUGCUCAAAGGUCAUUUAUUACGGAAAAGCUUGCUGAGAAACUGAAAUUAAAGCCCAACGGUUCGGACACUAUAUCAUUAGCAUAUUUUGGUGGCAAAUCAGAACAGUAUCGUCAUAUACCCACAGGCAGAGUGUUUCUACACGUCCAACAUAGAGAGAUCAUACCACUUGACGUACUUAUUGUACCAACCAUUGCUGUACCAUUACCUAACUUGCAGAGAAAUGUGAAAUGUCUGAAAUAUAUUGAAGGUCUUAAACUUGCACAUCGUAUUACCGACAUUGACGACGAUUUCGAGAUAUCACUCUUGAUUGGAGCCGACUAUUUUUGGCAAAUCGUGCAGAAUAAGGUUGUUCGGGGCAACGGACCUACGGCAGUGAAAUCAAAGCUCGGUUAUUUACUGUCAGGACCUCUUCCGGAAGUUAAAAAUGCGUCGUCUGUUAGCUAUAUGUUUAAUGUUGUAACAGCGCCACCUAAUGCCACAGAUCUUGAGAGAUUCUGGAAGUUAGAAUCUAUGGGGAUAUUAGAAGAUGAUACAGAGAAAUCUACUUCCGGUAUACUUAACGAGUAUAAAGAAAACUGUAUCACGUACAAAGAUGGACGUUAUGUUGCAAAACUGCCCUGGAAAGAAGAUCAUUCCGUACUUCCUACAAAUUAUGAAAUUUGCAAAAAGCGUACAGAAAACACAAUUAAACGACUUUCAAUAGAAACGGAUAUACUAAAAAACUAUGGACAAAUCAUAGAAGAUCAGUUAAAACGCGGUUUUAUUGAAAAAUGUGAUACAAAUGUUACCACAUCAAACCCUGUACAUUUGAUACCACAUCAUUAUGUAAAGAAGGACUCGAACACGACACCUAUCCGCAUCGUGUAUGACUGCAGUUGUAAGUCACGUGACCAGCCUAGUCUGAACGAUUGCUUGAUGUCGACACCACCUGAACUGAAUGAUUUAAUUGGAAUUCUUAUUCGUUUUCGAAUGAAUAAAUACGCCAUAGCAACCGAUAUUGAGAAAGCUUUCCUCAACAUCACUCUAGAUGAGAACGACCGAGAUGUGACGCGAUUUCUAUGGCUCAGUGAUCCUAGUAACCCCAACAGCGAAUUGACAACAUAUAGAUUCCGAGCAGUCCUUUUUGGGGCUACGUCGUCCCCUUUUAUUCUCUGCGCAACUAUACUUAAGCACCUUGAACUUAACAACGACAAGAAAGCUAGCAAAUACCUACGUCAAGAUCUAGACGUUGAUAACGUGAUAUCAAGUUUCCAACAGGAAGAACAACUUCUUCACUUCUACACCGAGUCUCGUGAGCUAAUGUCGUCUGCAGGUUUUAACCUUAGGUCCUGGAGUUCAAAUAGUAAAAUGCUUCAAAAACAAGCAAUCAACGAUUCAGUAAUAGAUAAUGCACAAACUCCUAAGAUACUUGGAAUGAAAUGGGACACAAAUAGUGACGUUUUACUGUAUCCGGUCAGAAACAUACCAAAUACCCAGAUUGUAACAAAGAGAGAAAUAUUGCAGCAUACAUCUCGAAUCUAUGAUCCCUUAGGUUUACUUAAUCAAGUUACCAUCAGAGCUAAAUUACUUCUACAGGAGUUAUGGCAACAGAAGUUUGAAUGGGAUAUGCCAUUACCUGACAGUAUUCAAGAAAAAUGGCGUAGUUUAAUAACAGAUUUGAAUUCCGUGACAAAAACUACGUUUCCUAGAUACUACUUCGAAAAUACAUGA